AUGGAGAUGGUUUGUCGCCCGCGUGAUUCCACUACAGCUACAGCUACAGCUACAGCCCCGUCCUGGGCUUACCAGCAUUGGGCACAAGAACAGGCACCUGACCUCACGAUGCCCGCCUUGACAAAGGACAGCUUUCAAGUGGGCAAGGCUAGAAGGCGGGCUUUGGCCUUGGCCAGCGUGUUACUGUGCCAUCACUGUUACCUGGUUGACUCAUGCUGUGCCGAAAGACCUGACGGCAUGAUCAUUAUGCUAUCUUGUGUGGGAUGGAGAGGGCUCGAACGAGGCUGCAAGUGCACCGUGGGUUGGCCCCGAUGUGUGGUAAUACAAGCUGAAUAG